CCUACAUAUCCAUACCCACACCCUAUACCAGCUUCAAUUCACUUCUCAAACUGCCUGCCCCUACCCCGUACCCCCUUACACCCCCCUCCAUUCACAACCCUUCUGUAUGCAUAGCAUAGUAUCGCAUAGCAUAGUAUCGCAUAGCAUAGUAUCGCAUAGCGCAAAGCAUUGCGCGUGACCUGAAUUCGGCACAACAGCUAGUUGCGGCUGUCAUGUCCCUCUUCACGGUCGAGAAUCACAUACAAUUCUCUCUGAUAUCCCUCAAUAUCGCACCUAGCACGGCCAUUGCAAUCGUGGUUCUUGCGCUCGCAUACUUCUAUAUCCUUCGCAUACGAAAUAACUCCAUUCGACAUUAUCCAGGGCAGCAGCAGUUGCCUCAACAACAAGCAACGGUUGUUCAUGACUACAACGUUAAGCAAGCGCGAACCGUGGCAAGACAAGUACGAGAUCACCACAAUGUCGGUCACACUGUCAGAACUCGAGGAGCAGUUCAACGAACAUCCUUCCUUGGACGAAUCACUGGGAGACUUCGAUCGCCUCGAAAACAAAAACAACUUCCACCCCCGGAGCCCCAGCAUCGGCUACCCGUCGCAUCACUCUGGCUUCCGCUCAGAAACCAGCUCGGAAAUGGGGGACUCAUCCCUUUCUGGAGGCAGAUUCAGUCCCCCCGCGUGGAGAAGGGACGGAAACGGCAAUCGAAGCAGCGGCUUCUGGAAUCGAGGGCAGAGUAGAUUGGGCUUGGGAGGGGGAGACUCAAGAGAUGGCACACCCGAAUGUGAGAGUGGGGAUGAGAGAGAUCGGACUUUGGAGGCUGCGGCGCGAGUAAGACUGCCGACGGGCUCCUUGUCACCAGAGAAACAAAGAAGUCCGAGUCCUGCCCCAAAUGGUUAUCCAAAAACUAGUGUCGAUUUUACAGACUUUGCGAAUGGUGGAAAGGCGUAUGGAACUGGAGUUAUCAAACAAGAAGAUGACGAUGCGCCAGCAAAUCCAAACAAUUGUAUGGGAAAGUAUACCUUGUUUAGUAAUACAGACAUUAAUUCAUUGGUAGAUAUCCGCUUUGCCAUGAAAGCGGAAGUUCAACACCGAACUGAGCCAUUCGAGGUUUCUUUUAACUAUAUGAAGAGCCGAUUCAACAUGGUCACUCGCUCCAAGACAUCCCUUUUUAUUUCUGCCCUUGUUGGCCUGUUUGCGAUAUUGGGGUUUAGAUCCCUCUUUCAGCCAGCGCCUCUGCCUCCUGUACCGGACUUGGUCAAGGUCGCCGGGCUUGCAAAAUCUUUCGAGCCUCUGAUUUUCUAUUCCGAAAAUGGUGUUCAACAAAUUGGGGACUUGCAAGCGACCGGUACUGCCGUUUGGGAUCUUGGCGAAAGUGUUCGUUCAACGAACAUGACCUCAGGUCCUAUCAUUGUCAAAUCACUGGAUGACCUCGGUGAGAGUCUCAAGACUUUAGCGCUGGAGUUGACUAGAUUCUUUGCAAAUGUCGAUGGCGACGUGGACGGGUAUGUAGUUGAUUUUCAUAAAAUUAAAGUACGAGUUUCUACUAACAAGUCACAGGAUUUUGAUUGUCAUGGACUGGGCAAAACGUGAACUAUCACAACUACAAUCCAACUCACCCUCUGCACUUACAUCAGCAUUUGACAACAUCCACUCUCUGUUUUCCCGAUCGGGUCUCUUGGAAAAUGAAGAAGGCGAUCCAACUCCUGUAGGGGAAUUUGCAACCCUUCUCUUUGGCCUCACCUCUCCACAACGAACUCGGCAAACUCUCCAACGCACCUUUACAGAAUUUCUCGGUGUCUUGGAAGACUCCAUUCAGUCAGAAUUGCAACACUCUUUGGCUCUCUUUGCUCUCUUCGAGGCCAUUGAUAAACAGUUUUUGAACCUGGCACGUACAGUUGUCCGUGAGUCUAGUGCUCAGGAGUCCACACACGAUGACAUGCUCUCCUCCCUCUGGACCAAAAUUCUUGGUCCUAAUGCAAGCACGAUCCAAAAAUUUGAGAAGAACAAAAGACUUCUUUCAAACAUCCGCGCCAAAACCGUACAAAACAAAUCCGUCCUCCUCGAACACAAUGGAAAGCUUUUGACCCUGAAAGCAAACCUCGAGACUUUGCGACGAAAAUUGGUCAGUCCUUUAGUACGCGCUAAUGGGAGUACUCUCGGCGUGGACGAGCAGAUCCGAGGCUUGGAAGAGGUGAGCAAUCAUCUUAGUGGUGUACGGGAAAAGCAGAAGGGCAAGUUGAUGGAGAUGCUUUACGGAAGUGGAAGCAAUUCUGGACGACGAAUUGCAGGGGCUGACUUACCGAGAAUUGAGGAGUAUUGAUCUACAAAAUCUUCGAUCUUCUUUUCCAUGUCUCUCCGUGGUUGCUUUUUUGAGGAAGGUGUUUUGUAUAAAGUUUAUGUGGCAACCUUGGUUUGUGGGUAUCUGGAUGGCCGGUGUUAUUAGGGGAGUUGAGUAGAUUAACGUCACGGAUUUUCUGAUAUUUUCUUAUUAGGCUUGGUCUUUGGAUGGAUGGUCACUGUGUUGGGGUUUAUGGGUGGAUUCAUGCAUCUGCAUUAGGGCGUUUUGUGCCUUUCACUGUUGGUGUUGGUGUGGUAGGUUAUGUUACUAGGGGUUUUCCAGGCCAGGUCAAUCUCAGGUCCCUUGCUAUAGUAGAAGAGGCCGAGACUAGCCAAUUCAAAAACACAAUACGAAUCCUU